GGAGCCACGCCGUGCGUGCCAGCACUUAUAUCGUGCUAUCGCCCUACGCCAUGGGGCGGUCCCAGGCCAUCUGGGGCCCCACGGCAUCCACUUUUGACCCUGGGCGGUGGAUCACGCCCUAUCAGGGUCGCGAUGGAGACGUAUCGGCAUCUUCUCUACCCACCGAAGAUCUUAUUCGCUCGCCCCGCGGCACGCUCAACGAGCACGGAGGGGCCGCGAAGGGCCACCAGUACGGCAUGCUGACAUUCCUAAAGGGCCCAAAGGGGUGCACAGGCGAGCGCUUUGUCAAGGCCGAGAUGCGUCGCGUCGUCGCCGUACUGGUGGCGGGGUUCCAGUGGACGCCCGCGCAGACCCACGAACCAGAGCAGGUUGGCAUCUUAGUGAUUAAACCGGCCGGCAGAAUCGCUGUAUAAGUACGACUAAUCGCGCCUGUGGUGGUUCCGAAGCAAAGUAAAUGAGUUAGUGUACUAGUAUAGAG